CCGGGCCGCGAGCCUGAGCUUGGGAGCGAGCUGCCCUUCGGCUCCCGGGAGAGAAAUCCAGGCCUUUGUUUGGCUCCAGCUGCCCAGUUCCUCGCUGCCUGCCACAUGUUUACUCAAGGGCUGAGUAAUUGAAAUUGUCUAGAGCACCUCGUGUUGCCCCUGACGACACAAUCAGGAGAGAGGGUUCCGGCUGCGGGAAGCAGGGGAGGGCUCUGCUCCCCCGCUCCCACAUCCUCCCAGGAGCCCAGAGCCCCCAGGGCCCCUCCACAGGUAGAUCCCUGCCCCUCCCCUGGAUACCUGAUGUGACAACUAGCUCUUUUCUCAGCCCCCUCAAACCAUGGCUGACACCAUCUUUGGCAGUGGGAAGGACCAGUGGGUAUGCCCCAAUGAUCGACAGCUUGCCCUCCGAGCCAAACUGCAGAGUGGGUGGUCAGUGCAUACAUACCAGACAGACAAACAGAGGAAAAGCCAGAGCCUCAAUACUGCCGAGGUGGAGGCCAUCCUGGAGGUGAUCCAGAGGGCUGAGAAACUGGACAUUCUGGAGCAGCAAAGAAUUGGGAAGCUGGUCGAGCGGCUGGAGAACAUGAGGAAGAACGUGAUGGGGAACGGUCUCUCCCAGUGCUUUCUGUGUGGGGAGCCCCUGGGCCUCCUGGGCAGCGCCUCGGUCUUCUGCCAGGACUGUAAGAAGAAAGUCUGCACCAAAUGUGGGAUUGAGACGUCCAGCAGUCAGAAGCGGACUCUGUGGUUGUGUAAGAUAUGCAGUGAGCAGAGAGAGGUCUGGAAGAGGUCCGGGGCAUGGUUCUACAAAGCACUACCGAAAUACAUCCUGCCGCUGAAGAUACCGGGCCAAGCCAGUGAACCCCACUUCAGACUCCCCCCUGUGGAGCCUCGCAUGAGUGACCCAAGGAGCGUCAGCACCAGGAGAUCCUACACAUGGGCCCGAGGGAAAGUGGUUUCUAGCGACAGUGACAGUGACUCCACCUUGAGCUCUUCCAGCCUGGAAGACGCCGGGGCCAAGAACUUGAAAGGUAGCAAAUCCCGAACAGAAUCAGGUGGCAGCAGUGACCUUUCCAGAGCAGCCCAAGGCCAGGCUCUGCCUCCUAGUCACCCCUUGGAGAGUGGGACCAGCCUUGGCAGAGAGGCUGGGGGAGUCCAAAGUGGCCCAGUGAGUGGCCUGGGAGAGCCGCAGGGGGAUGGCUCCGACAGCGACAGUCACAAGGCUCCAAGCAAAUGGCACGCCUGGAUGAGUGCUCGUUGAUGAUGCAGGCAAAGGAACCCAUCUUGGCUUUUGUCAAGGACACCCACAGACUGGACAUUUCUGUGGAACACACACACACACACACACACACACACACACACACACGUUCCAGGCCCUUUGGGACCUGUGAACUUUUUGUUUACCAAGCUGCCUUGAGGAUUUGUUGCGAGGUGGAACGGAAUCAGCCUUUCCUCAGCCCUCAUGGACCCUGGCCACUCUCUGUAUGAUGGUAACUGGGGCAGUCCUGUACCCACAUCUGACAGCUACUGCCCACUCCCAAGAAAAACUGAGCUAAUUCUGAUGAUGGACAGCUUGAAGAGGAAGGUGUGGCCAGCUGCCCUCAGCUACUCUCCUCUUUCCUUGUUGGCCAAUGGGAACUGGUCUAUCCUUUGGCUGAAGGGCCCCUGUCCAGAUGCUGGUGCAGGGUCUUCUGGGGUGGGGGUGAGGCUAGACCAUAGCUAGACUGCUGCCUUCACUGUCCUGUCUCCAUCCCACUUGGGAUGGGAGCUCUGCCUGAAGAUUCAGUCUGUCUCUUUAUAUUUUUUAUUUGGUUCUCCCCCUCCUACCCCCUGCCCUCAAACCCUCUGCCCAGAAUGAAGAGGCUUUCAAACCAACUCAAUGAGAGGAGGGGUCCACCCACUGCUUUUGGAGGCAGGCCAAGGACAACAGCUGUCUCUUUAGGGUAAGGAAAACACAUCUGAGCGCUAGUGAUGAAGUCAGUGACCUUGGUCUGAAGAAUGAGGAGAGGGUCCAGGUGAGCCUGCAGAUUCACCAGCUUUUGCCCUUAGUAAGGGGCUAGAAGCUGCUCCCUGCCCCCACUCUCUGGGCUGCCAGGGAGAGCUCUCUUUGAAACUCCCUCCCCUCCCUUGGUCAGGUUGAUUAAAAUUCCUCAGCUCCCCUUUCCUGCAUCGAGUUUCCUGAUUAGUCUCACUUCAGCCAGAGUCAAAGACAACCACUGGGUGUCUGGCAGCGCUCAGGAAUGAAUAGCAGAGAUUUCUCCUCCUCAAUAGCCAGCCUCGGCCUUAUUCUCUUGCCAAGACACGUGGGUCCCAGAAGCCAUCAGUUCAUUUUCUUCAGAAGAUUCAGCUUGGCAUGGAAAAUGCCAGAUUCACAGGGACUGGCAAACUCUUUUGGAAAAAUCCACCCCAAUGAGAUGCCUUUGGGGGUGGGUGGUUUGGGGGUCUUUUUCCCUUCUUUGUUUGAAUUAAUGCCAGCACAUUGUCUGUUUCCUCUUAUUCUCCUCUGAGUACUGGGUUCAUGGACUACCACCCCACCUAUAGGCUAGCCUCGGGGGUCCUGAGCUUUCCUUCUCUUGUUGGAAAAAUGGAUCUAGGGACAGAAACCUGCUGUUUCACUGUGAUGAGGUAUCUUUCAGGAAGAAAACAAUAAAAAACUGGAAUUUGCAUCAA